CAGUCAGCUGUCACAAUCUGAAUACCGAGGAAAGGGAUCGCAGACGUCGAGAACCAGACUACCACUGCCACAAUGUCUAGUUUAAACUCCAAGUUUAGUGAUUACACAAUGACACAGCUCAACGAAUUCCUGGAGGACGACGAGAAACUUACGAAAAUGGUCCAGGAGAUGGAUGAGAUGCAGGAAGUCCAGAACAGCAAGGAGAAAACACUGGUCAGCAACCGAACCUUGGCAGAACAAAACCUUGCUCUGCAGCCCAGACUGGAGCUAAAGAAAGAGCAGCUCACCAAGCGCUACAGUUGCCUUCAGGAAAGCUUUGAGUCCUAUCAGCUCCGGAAGUCCACUCUUGACCAUAAGUCAGGAAACACUUCAUUGGAGACUCUGCUGGCCUUACUGCAGGCUGAGGGAGCUAAAAUAGAGGAGGACACAGAGAAUAUGGCUGAUUCCUUCCUGGAUGGUGACAUGACGCUAGACUCCUUCAUUGACGCCUAUCAGAGCAAUAGAAAGCUGGCACAUUUGAGGAGGGUUAAGAUUGAAAAGCUGCAGGAGAUGGUGCUGCAGGGCCAGCAGCUCCCCCAAGCACCCGUCCCAUCCUCACGAUCUCAGGAUAUGUCAGCAGCAGCCAGAGCCUCAUCCUCCGCUCAUCUAACGGAGUCCAGCAGCAGCUCCUCCCCUGCCCAGGCUAAGAGGAAACCUCCACCUCCUCCCACCCAGCCAGCCCCAAUUCUAAACAGCGCUUCUUCUGCUUCCUCCCAGCCUCCGGCCUUCUCAGCAUCACCGUACCCGCCAAUCCCUCCUAGAACAGGCCAACCCUUUCCUAAUGUCUCUUCUGGCUACCCCAACCACUUCCUAUCUCAGUACCCACCUGCACUGCCUCAGAGGCCCAGUCCUCGUAUGGCUCCGCAGCCUGGCUUCAUCAUCCAGUAAUUCAGAGCAGAUGCCACUGAGAAGACACAUUGGGUGUCUUAGACUUUCCACAACUGGAUCUCCUCCAGAAGCAUUUCUUCUAUGUCAUCAGCCUUUUGAAAAUACGACCCAUCAAAACACAUGGACUGACCUGCUCUGGCUGCUCUGCUAAUGUUUAGCUGAGGCAAAUCUCUGAAUUUGCACUCUUCUCUCUGUCGCAUCAACAAUCUAGACAAGAAAGAUGCGACAGCAUCAGCCUAGAGUGGUUCUAGCCUCAGUGUCUUCAGUAAAAGGGCCCUCUGCGGGCUGUACAGACACACUUGUGUUUCUUAAAGUCACUGAGCUGGGAUUUUUCAUUUAUCUGCACUUUCUGUCUCCAGAUAGUCUCCUAAGCUCUGCAUGCCCAUAAUUCUCUUGUCUCUCGCCCUCUGUCUGAUUUGUUCUUAAUGCUUUUAAAGGGCACGAAAUCAUUCAGACUGAUAAGAUAAGUCAUUUCUAUCUGCAGCACACUAAUUUACUAAUAAUGUAUAUGCAAGCAAUGAGAGACCCUAAUUACUGUGCAGCAAUGUAUUCUGGCCAAACUGCAACUAUACUGUGAUUUUAUAUACAUAUAUAUAAAAUCCACUAGGUACAUGGAAAUAUUUGAACUUCACUAUCUUUCUAUGAGAUUGUACUAAUAAUCUUGAUAGUUGCCAGGAUAGAAAAAGUGAUUAAUGUGGACAGCUUUGGUAGGUGGAUCUCUUUGUGCAUUUGUCUUAUGAGACUCCAGAUCUUCCUGGUUCAAGAUGUCUGACUGUCCAGUUCAGGGCACAAGUCACAAGAGAAUUCAGGGAGAGGAUUCCAGCAGAGCAAUUGUCACAAACAGCUUACCUGUUGACCCUUGCCUGAAAUGAAGGAUUUAUGCAAAGGCUGUAGAGUACACUCCAUAUGCGUGUCAUUUUCUGCAGGCUACUGCUGUUAUUAAACACUCCUGGUUGAUGUCCAUUGUCUUUAAAACUGUAAGUUGGGAUAAGAGAGGAAGCCAACACACUGGCUCUGAUAAACCUGUUCAGUUUUCUCUUACACUAAACACCAAAGACUCCCCACAUGUGUGUAUGUGCGUGUGCGCGUGUUUGUGUGUAAAGAUGUUGGCCCGACUUCUACACGGAGAUUUUGCAAGAUCACUUUGACUUUGGGAGGAAACUUUUUCAGGUGCAAUAAAAACACCUCUCUUCCCAAAGGCUGUAGCUCUGCACUGUUGAAGAGCCAAGAGUGCCUACACUUGAAAUUAUCAUGUCCUGCUGACAAUACCACGUUUCUCCAUGCUCAUCUGUAGCCCCCUACCUACCGUUAAAAAAAAGAAAACUGAUUUGAUUUUUAUUCUUCUGCAACUAUUGUUUGGUUUUACCAGAAGACAGUUUUAAGAACAUGACUGUCAUUUAAUCAGGUUUAGCUUCUUAUUAGGCACAAAGGGCAAGAAUAGAGUAAUAAUAGCUAGAGAUGUUUCAACACCAUUUUUCGCUUCCUGAUACCGAUUCAGAUAACAGAGCGUCGGGUACUGGCCGAUUCAGGUACCGAUCAGAUACCAGCAUAAACUUUCUGGACAGACUGCUGUAGAGAAAUGGCACAAUUGUAGCCCUACAGGGAGCUCAGAACAUAGCUCAACAAAUAGAAUGGUAAUGUUCAGCCUCUCUGUGACCCUUUAAAUUGUUUUUACUGCUAAUUAUUGUGGGUUUUACCACUAAAUAUUAAAAUAACAAUUACACAGAGGGACACAUCACAGCCUCUCUACCUCUCUUUCUCUCCAUUAUGCUCUAUUCCAGUGGUUGCCAACCGUUUUUCCCUAGAACCCCCCUAUUCAUACCUCAGUUGGGCCAAAACCUUGUAUCACCAUUUUUAAUCAUUUUAAUCCUUUUUCCUUCAUAAAUGGGUCCUAUUAGUCACCCUGUAUGCAUUUGAGUGGGCUUUAACCAAUUUUAGAGCAAUGAAAAGUGUCAAAAAGAUGCUGAUUAUGACCAUUAAAUGUUAAAUUAAUUUCAAAAUAUAUCUGUUUUUUUUUCCAUUACCUGAAAAGUUGUGAUUUUGGAUAUGAAGUUUUGGCCCAAUGCUAGUGAUAUGUACAUCUAAAUUUGACAACAUCAGAACAGGCAGGGUCCAGCACCCCCCCUUAGAUCUUUGGCACCCCCCUAGAGGUCCCUUGACCCCAGGUUGGGAACCACUGCUCUAUUCAGGCACUUGUGUUUAAGCAUGCACAGUUUGACAGCAUGAUGCGACGACAGAACAGCCUGCCAUUGAUAAACUACACUACACGGGCUCGACAGGCAGUCAUUAACAAAGCAUUCUGGGAAAACAAUGUGGCCACUAACAUUCAUGAUAGUGCUAAUAAAUGAUCAAAAAUUGAUUUAGUAAAAAACAAAUUUAGAGGCUACGAUAUAUGAUCCAACAGUCACUGAAACUUUAAUAGCCAGUGUCAUUUCUUGUCAUGUAUGACAACGCUGGCAUCGGAUCAGUGCAUUAACAUACUCACCAAUACCGAUACCUGCAUUUUCAGCAGUACCGGGCAUAUUUCUGAUACUGGUAUCUGAAUCGAACAACUUUAAUAACAGCCACGUGUUUAGUAUAACUCUAUAAUUGCCUUCUGAAAGAAACAAGAGACCAAGAUGUUUUCUGUCUAAUGGAGCUUUUGUUUCUGCAUCUCUUUUACUCCUGUAUUAUUUCUUUUCGGUUUUCCUGGGGUUGAUAUUAAGAUUUUUUUGCACGUGUUGCUGUUAAACCUUUUUAAUUUGUAAAAUAACAGGGCUCAGGAAAGUUUUAUGUCAUAAUUUAGGGAAACUGUCUCACCCUAACGUAAAGAAUAGAUGACGCAUACCUGUCAUGAGGCAAACCACAAAUUCUGCAAAGGCAUAAACAUUAACAUCUCCAUCCAACAGCAUGGACCAACUAACAACGGAUCAUUCUUUUCUGCAUGCUCUUUGUGUUUGGUCUGAGGAUUCCUCUGUAGUACUUUUUUAAGCUGUUGAGCUGCUUUUUACUUUCAACUGAUCCUCUAUAUGCAUUGUUUAUUAGUGGUUGGUGAUGUUUUAUGUAAUGUUGUAGGUAUUUACUUAGUAUAUUGAAUGUUUAAGUGGAAUUCAAUGUUAUUUUCAAAUUAAAUAAAUCUCAA